AUGCAGGGCCCUCGCUCAUGGCCUACAUGGUACAAGGCCUUUACCGUCACUACGGUUAGCCUCGAUGCCACCGUAGUCAGCCUGUUCAGCACUCUUUAUACCUCUGGGAUCCCCGGGCUGCAAGCAGAAUUUCACGUCUCCAAGCUUGUCGCACUCCUAGGUCUCACCACAUACCUGCUCGGAAUGGCUGCCGGAAGCCUGGUCGUCGCGCCCAUGAGCGAAUCACUCGGCCGGCGACCGCUCUACAUCGCAUCCAUGGCAGCGUUUCAGGCACUCGUCUUGCCGAGCGCCCUGGCUGAGAGCAUCGCGACCAUUAUCGCCACUCGGUUUUUCGGAGGGUUCUUUGACAGCACCAUGAUGUCGAACUCGCCCGCCACCGUCAACGACAUCGUUUCAGACAAGCACCGCGCACUUGCUUCAGGGUUUUGGUCCAUAGGCCCGGCGAACGGUCCCGUCUACGGGCCAUUGAUCGGUGGUUUCGUCUAUCAACAUAAGGAGCCUCUUCUUCGCCGCAUCGUCAACCUUCAUCCGAAAAACCCGGCCACGGGCAAUGUCAAGCCCGAAGCCAGAGUCAGCAUCGUAUGCAUAAGUGCCGUCCUGCUAGCAGUUGGCCAAUUAUGGUUCGCCUGGACAUGCCGACCUGGAACACACUGGAUCGUUCCCAUUCUUGCUGGUGUUUCAUACGGUGCCGGAAACGCUUGCACUUUCAUCUACGCAGACAAUUACAUGGCUCAGUCCUAUGGCAUCUACGGAGCAUCAGCGUUAGCAGGGAACAUGGUGCUCAGAAGUAUAAUGGGCGCGUGUCUGCCGCUUGCUGGGCCAUCAAUGUACGGGACGCUGGGAUUGAGUUGGGCUGGGACAUUGCUGGGUCUUGUUGAAAUGGUAUGCGUCUCUGUUCCGGCAGCCUUCUACUUUGAUGGCUAUAAGAUCCGCCAGGGGAGUUCUAUGAUGCAAGAGAUUACUAAGCUUUAG